GCAACAGGUUCAGCCCUCUGAAGGAUCUGUUUUAAAGAUGAGAUGAAACCUAAACCCUGCUUGUAAAGAGUGCUGGAAGCUGGAUGGGGAAAGUGCAGUAUUAAUUACAUUUAUUUAUGCGUGUGAAUAUUUGACCCUUUGUAAAACAAAAAAUGCAUUUGUCACGAAGGAGGAGACUUCAUUGGAGCCGGGCUAUGUUUUUUCUCUGUGGAGUUUUGAUAUGCUGUGUUUACCAGUUGACUUUAAGGUCCAGGCAUUCAGAACCUUGGUUGGAGCGACAGAUCGAGGAUAAGCCUGGGACAGAGGAGAGUGUGCUUAAAUCUGACCAGCAGGAGCUCACGGUAACUACCCAAAGGGCAGUAGAGCAUCCGACCGAAAAAACAACCACUUCAGCCAUAGACGUUCCUCCUGUGAUGACCUCAGCACCUCUGUUAAUGACCACAAACCACACAACCCUCAAACAUUGCAUCUAUGUUGACCCAGAGCCCCCCAAACCUACCAUGCCCAUCCAAAGUCCUACACCCUACACUACACAUGCACCCAACACCACAGCACCUUCAUCUGGCAGUGCCCCGCGUAUGAAGGGCGAAUACCCAGAGGACCUCUUCUCUGUGGAGCAGAGACGACAGGGUUGGGUCACUUUGCAUCUUUUUGGGAUGAUCUACAUGUUCGUGUCUUUGGCCAUCGUCUGUGAUGAGUUUUUCGUGCCUGCCCUCGGCGUCAUCACAGACAGGCUGGAAAUUUCAGACGACGUGGCCGGUGCCACGUUCAUGGCGGCCGGCGGCUCGGCUCCUGAGCUCUUCACCUCGCUCAUCGGGGUGUUCAUCUCACACAGCAAUGUGGGCAUUGGCACCAUCGUGGGCUCCGCGGUCUUCAACAUCCUCUUUGUGAUCGGCAUGUGCGCUCUCUUCUCACGGGAGAUCCUGCACCUCACCUGGUGGCCACUCUUUCGGGAUGUGUCCUUCUACAUCAUGGACCUCAUCCUGCUGAUCAUCUUCUUCCUGGACAGCACCAUUGUGUGGUGGGAGAGUAUUCUGCUGUUACUGGCGUACAUAUCCUACGUGUGUUUCAUGAAGUAUAAUGUGCAGCUGGAGAACGCUUUCAAGACGCAGCUCAACAAGCACAAGAACAUCGUGAAGGCCAUCGCCCUAGAGGAGCCAGAGAAGGACGAUGGGACACCUGGUGGCGAUAACCUUCCGGACCAUCCUGAGGACAAAAAGAGAUUAAAGCUGAAACCUGGCCUGCAGCGAGGGGGCAGCUCUGCCUCUCUACACAACAGCACCAUGAGGAAUACCAUCUUUCAGCUGAUGAUCCACACCCUUGAUCCACUGGGGGAAGAAACGGGAUUUAAUGGGAAUGUAAAGGCUGGAGGGUCAGAGCAGGGACCAGUUAAGUUUAAGGACAAGGCCGAGAUGUUGAACAAAAUGGCCAGGGGGAAGGUAGAGAGCAAGGCGCGAGGAAGAGCAGAAGAUGGAGCAGCUGAGGCCUCCACCUCCCAGCCUGCAGCCAAGGAAGAGGAAAAGGAGACCCAGGAGCAGAAGGAUGGAGAAGGUGGUGAUGGUGGAGGCUCUGAAGACAGCAGUGACGAGGACAGCAGCGACGAGGACAGUGACGAUGACAGCGAGGACGAGGAGGACACGGAGAAGGAGGAACCGCUGUCUUUGGAGUGGCCUGACACUCGGCGCAAGCAGGCCACCUACUUAUUCCUGCUGCCCAUCAUCUUCCCGCUGUGGCUGACCCUCCCUGACAUGCGAAAUCUGGCUUCCAAAAAGUACUUUGUAGUGACAUUUCUUGGGUCCAUCAUCUGGAUUGCAGUCUUCUCCUACCUGAUGGUGUGGUGGGCACAUCAGGUGGGCGAGACAGUUGGCAUCUCAGAGGAAAUCAUGGGCUUGACGAUCCUGGCAGCUGGUACCUCCAUCCCUGAUCUCAUCACCAGCGUCAUCGUGGCCCGCAAGGGUCUUGGCGACAUGGCAGUGUCCAGCUCAGUGGGCAGUAAUAUCUUUGACAUCACAAUGGGGCUGCCCCUGCCCUGGCUUAUGUUCUCCUUGUCCAACGGUCUGGUCCCCGUGGCCGUCAGCAGCAACGGCCUCUUCUGCGCCAUUGUGCUGCUCUUCCUCAUGCUGCUCUUUGUCAUUGUCUCCAUCGCUGCCUGCAAGUGGAAGAUGAGCAAGAGGCUCGGCUUAACCAUGUUCCUCCUCUACUUUGUGUUCCUGGUGCUCAGUGUCAUGCUGGAAGAUCGCAUCAUAGUCUGCCCUGUGUCCAUCUGAGGACAGUGCAUCUAUUCCAUCUGCCCCAUAUAUCUGAGGACAGCACAUCUGCCCCAUCUGCCCCGUGUUCAUCUGAGGACAGCACAUCUGCCCCGGUCUGCCCCAUAUAUCUGAAGACAGCACAUCUGCCUCUGUCUGCCCCAUGCAUCUGAGGACAGCACAUCUACCCCGGUCUGCCCCAAAUAUCUGAGGACAGCACAUCCGCCCCAUCUGCCCCGUGUCCAUCUGAGGACAGCACAUGUGCCCCCGUUUGCCCUAUGUCUAUCUGAGGGCAGCACAUAGGAUCCCACGCCUCAGUGUGGUCCCACACAGAAUUUUAAACACACUAAGCUCAUUUGAAGGUUUUGUUGAUUGACGUUCCCUCAUACUGCCUGUUUGUACUGCUGUCCGAGCAGACAAAGCAUGCUCACUCACCAUCGUUUAAUGCGACUCAUACACACUAAACUCAAUUAUCUGCAUAUCCACACAGAGUCUUUGAAUGUAUGAACACCAGUGAAUUAAGGCUGCACUGUUGCGUUGGACGUCAAGAAGAGCGGUUGGAUUGUUUAGUAAUGAAUAUGCACAGAAACUCCACAGUGAGCUUCAUGUUAUAUGAGAUCAUGAUCCCAGGUGUCAUGUGUAAAGCAGGAGUAGAACCAUGAUAAUUUUUAAUCUCUUGUUAAAGAUGCUUUGUGAAAAAAAUCUGAAUAUGGAUCAGGUUUAACAAGACAUUUCAACCUUUAGAAAUUAAAACUCAAACUGGUGCAACAGGCUAAAUAUCGAGGCAACAGACAUGAACAUAUUAAUCACCUCCCGUCAGAAGGGGUCUUAGCUGAGAGUGCUGGGGGUGAUUGAUUUGUUUUACCCAUUUUACUUCCAUGUUAGAUCAGUAAGGCUUGUAGGAAUUUCUGUACUGCAUUGCAAGUGUGGGAUGGCACCCAUUGAAAACCACAACCAAGUCAAAGGUAUCUGUUAGGUGAUGGAUGAAAGAAUUUAACUAUGAUUAAAAGUGUUUUUAAUACGUAAUUUAAGAGACUGGUCUAAAGAUGGAUGUACCUUGUUCAUACCCGGUUCCUGUCAAUAUGUGUAUGUGUGUGGGACUGUGUGUCCUGCACAUCAAUCUACAUGUCAAUGUGACAUUUCUGAGGUACCACUGAGGCUCAGAAAUGAACGUAAUGCACUAUGGAUUCAUUAAACAAGCAGUAAUUGUCUGCCCACUAUUACAUUGCUGUUAUCAUUGAAACACACUACAAUUUAACAGUAAGUACAUGGUCAGUAAACAGCAGUGAAUG